AUGACCCUUCGUCUCGGUCUUGCACGCUAUCUUGACGCUCGAACCCGAUCAAAGACAUCUAGUCUCACUAUUCGACAGAGAUACGACGUAAAAGCAUACUAUACAAUGACAGAGGCCAACGAGGAAAGAGCCAAGCAGGAUGCCAAAUAUGGAUUCAAAUCGCCAGAGGAGAAUCGUCAAAAAUUUGAACAGAAAGAAUGGCGCAACAAAGCAUUCCAGGGCGUAUCUCCUAUGGAUUUCGCGAUGCAACAACGUCUCCGAGACAAGGAGCGUAAGGAAAAGGAGGCCCAGGCCAAAGCAGCUAUGUACCGUUAUCAGGGAAAACCAAGUGACGAUGCAAUUACCUUAAGGCGUAAGGAACAGCAUGACCGUGAGAAGAUGGCAAAAGAAACGGCCCGUGAGACAAAGUCGAACUUAAAAGAUGUUCUCAUCACGGAGACCGCGGAGUCUGCGUCUCGCAAAGAGCAUUUUGAUCGAGACAACCAGUGGAAGGAAACAGGCCGUACUACACGUUCCAACCUCAAAGACGUUAAUAUGAGUGGUGCUGCUUUCGAAACCGAAAUUAGGAAGGAGCAGCAUCAGCGUGAUCAAGGAUAUAAGGCCACUGCCCGGGAAACGCGAGAGGGUCUCAAAGAUGUUCUCAUCACGGAGACCGCGGAGUCUGCGUCUCGCAAGGAGCACUUUGAUCGAGAUAACCAGUGGAAGGAAACAGGCCGUACUACGCGUUCCAACCUCAAGGAUGUCAACAUGGCUGUUCCUUCAUUUGAGACCGAUGUCCGUAAGGAGCAGCAUACACGUGAUCAAGGAUAUAAGGCUACACAGCGUGAUACCCGAGACAACUUGCGCCACUAUGAUGAUACUGCCGAGGACGUCAUCACUAGUGUUCGCAAGGAUCAGCAUAUGCGUGAGCAGGGGGCGAAAGCAACCGCCAAGCAGACCAAGGAUUCACUGAAAGACGUCAACAUGGCUGCCGCCGUCUUCAUGUAGUACAAUCGUGUAUAGCUAUUGUGCCCUUCCUAGUUUGUCUAUCAUUUCGAAUCGUACACAGAGCAAUUCUUCCGUUCUAAUAAUAUAUCAAAAUGUCUUUGCU